AGGUUUUUGGGUUCGUGGGUUCGUGGAUCCGUGGGUUCUUGGCUUUAUCGGUUCGUGGUUUCAUAGAUUGUGAACUGAUUCUUUGUGAAGUGCUUGUGGAGAUAGGCGACUGGAUUUGGCAUAGAAUUUUGAUUCACUCUUGAACUUUGGAAUCAAGUUGGCUAGUGCAAAAGUGAUGAUGCCAGAUGGUUGACGUAACUAACCUCGUAUUUUGUUUAAGAAAAAAGUGGAGUUGCAAAAUAAAAAGUAAAUUGGAAAAUGCCCCCAAAAUGUAAAUUCCAAGAAGGUGAAAAAGUUUUAUGCUUCCAUGGUCCUCUUAUAUACGAAGCCAAGUGUUUAAAAUCAUCAUUUUCAAAAGAUGAAAAGCAAAUAAAAUACUACAUUCACUAUGCCGGUUGGAAUAAGAAUUGGGAUGAAUGGGUACCCGAAGAUAGAGUGUUAAAAUUUAAUGAUACAAACGUUCAGAAACAGAAAGAAGUACAAAAAGUACAUGAACAAGCAAGUAAUAAACAAAAUAGAAAAAGUGGUGGUACUUCAAAAGUUCAAGGUCGACGGAGCGAAGGCGGUCGCGACAAGGAAAAAGAUAGCGAUAGUAGAGCGAGUACACCUGUAGCACUUUUAGAAAGAACACCAAGUCGUGCCAGUAAGUCUGCUGGAAUUGCACUUACACCAACGUCCUCAAGCGAUUCCCCACUGGAGGUACCACGCAAGAAACGAGGGCGACCAGAGCCUUCGGAUGAUACAGAAGAAUAUAGCGUUAAAACAGAAAUUAACAUCACAAUACCCGAUGAUUUAAAAUAUCAUCUUAUCGAUGAGUGCGAUGUUAUAACAAAGCAAAAAAAAUUGCCUUCCUUACCAAUGAGUAUUACGGUUGAAAAAGUUUUAGAUGACUACAUAGAAGCAAUUGAAACAGGAAAAAUGAAUGGUUUAAAUAAAGAAAGUGCUAUAGAAAUUACAAAAGGAAUUAGAGAGUAUUUUAAUGUUUCAUUUAAUUUACAACUUUUGUAUGGCUGGGAAAGACCACAAUUUGAAGAAAUGAUUCCAGAAGAUUCUGAUAUUUUACCAAGUCACUUAUAUGGUCCUUACUAUUUAUUACGACUAUUUGUUAAACUUGGAGAUAUGCUAUCUUAUACAAUGUUGGAUGAGAAAAGUACGCAACUAUUAUUAAUGCAUUUCCACCAUUUUCUACAAUAUUUACAAAAUAAUAGUGCAAGUUUAUUUGAUUUGCAUGAUUAUAAAGAUCCUUUACCAGAUUAUCAUCGAAAAUUUGUAAAAUAGAUGUGUGAUAACGUGGAGAUUUUAAUUUAGCAUUUUAUGUGCAAAGACUGUUAACAUUAUCGGAUAAACAAUGUUUUUUUUCUUGUUCUUAUAUAGAAAACUAUUACUUUUAUAUUUAGCACCUA